AUGGCGACACCUUCUCUUCCUGCUUCGCUCCAAAGCAGCGUCGAUGCCACCAAAGUUGAGUAUGUUCAGCUGGGCAAGUCUGGCCUUCGGGUCUCCUCACCAAUCUUCGGUACCAUGUACAUCGGCAGUAAGGACUGGCAGGGCUUGUGUAUUGAAGAAGAGGAAGGGUUGAAGCUGUUGAAAGCAGCCUGGGACAGAGGCUUGACCACCUGGGACACAGCCAACGUCUACUCCAGCGGUGUGAACGAAGAAAUCAUCGGCAAAGCGCUCAAGAAAUUCGAGAUACCACGACACAAGGUGACCAUCCUGGCCAAGCUCUAUGGGACAGUGCCAGAAGAACCCGGCAUCUUCAGCUGGAUGUACGAGGCGCAAAUGCAACAGAGCAGGGAUUACGUCAACAAAGGCGGUCUCUCCCGAGGCGCCAUCUUCAAAGCCGUCGAAGCCUCGCUCGCACGGCUGGGGACCAGCUACAUCGACCUCCUCCAAAUCCACCGCUACGACCCGACCGUUUCCCCAGAAGAAACAAUGACGGCGCUGCACGACCUGGUCAAGUCCGGAAAAGUGCACUACAUCGGCGCCUCCUCAAUGUGGACGUACCAAUUCGCGCGUCUCCAACACGUGGCAGCCAUGCACAAGCUGACCCCCUUCAUCAGCAUGCAAAACACGUACAACCUAUGCUACCGCGAAGAAGAACGGGAGAUGAACAAAUUCUGCAAUGAGAGCGGCGUUGGUUUGAUCCCGUGGAGUCCGCUAUAUGGCGGGCUGCUGGCGAAACCGCUCGGGGUUGAGACGGAGAGGAGUAAGUUGAACAAGGCGAUGGCUGGGAGAAUGGGUGGGGGGGUGACGGACGCGGACCAGGAGAUUGUGAAGAGAGUAGAGGAGGUGGCUGUGAAGAGGGGUUGCAAGAUGGUGCAGGUUGCGCUGGCGUGGCUGAGGGGGAAGGGUUGCGUGCCGAUUGUUGGUUUGAAUAGUGGGAAUGUGGGCAGGAUGGAGGAGGCGUGUGCCAUUCGAGGGCUGCAGCUUAGUGAGGAGGAGAUGAAGUAUUUGGAGGAGCCGUAUGUCCCGAAGCCGGAGGAAGAGGAAGAGGAAGAGGAAGGGGAAGAAUGA